AGCUGUUUCGGCUGGCCCUCCAGCCGGAAUUUUCGUCCACCGGGGUUGGCAAACCUCUCUCCCUCCGGUAGCGAUGGCUCGCCUUUAUGGGCCGGCGGGUCUGUGUCCCUUCCUCGUCGCCCUCGCUCUGGCGAGGGCCCCGGGCACCUGCGAGGAGUGCGAGGCCGACGACCGCGGCUCGUCGGCCACGCUCAGCCUGCUCCAGUCGCGCUCGCAGCUCCGCACGGGCGCCGUGUCCAUGUCCCUGGUGAAGAGGGUCCGGAAGACCAGCGCCAACAGCUCGAGGAGCCGCGGGCACAAGAUGGCGUACUUCGGCCUCGUGGAGGUCGGAACGCCUCGCCAGGGCUUCUCCGUCGUCUUCGACACGGGGAGCGGCAACCUCAUUGUCCCCGGCAGCGACUGCGACAGCCAGGCGUGCAAGGUCCACAAGAGGUUCUCCAUGCACCAGUCCAGCAGUGCGAAGGAGGUCAACUGCGACGGCUCCGACGUAGCGAAGGGCUACCUCCCCGACGAGAUCACCAUCACCUUCGGCACCGGCUCCGUCACUGGGAAGUGCCUCCAGGACCAGAUCUGCCUCGGCUCGGCCUGCACCCAGGGCGCGUUCAUCUCCGCCGUCGACGAGAGCUCCCAGCCCUUCGCCGCCUUCGACUUCGACGGGGUGCUGGGCCUGGCCUUGCCCAGCAUGGCGCAGACCAGCGUCUUCAGCAUGAUGGAGCGCCUGACGAAGGCCGGCUCCCUGCGGAUGCCUCUCUUCUCGGUGUUCCUGUCCGACUCCGACGAGGAGACCUCGGAGAUCACCUUCGGGCAGAUCAACAGGGAUCACAUGGCCUCCGAGCUGUUCUGGGUGCCCGUCACAGGCACCGUCGGAUACUGGGAGGUCCAGAUCGAGGACAUCACCGUCGACAGCGAGAAGCAGGGCAUCUGCGAGGACUGCCGCGUGGCAGUGGACACGGGGACCUCCCAGCUGGCGGGCCCGUCGUCCCUCGUCGACAAGAUUGAGGGCAUCCUGGACGUGCAGCACGAUUGCGGGAACUUCCACGAGCUGCCGGAGCUCGGCUUCAUCAUCGGGGACAGGGUGCUGAGCCUCUCCCCCGGCGAUUACGUGGAGAAGAACUCGCCGAACUCCUGCGGGCUGGCGCUGAUGAGGCUGGACGUGCCGCCGCCGAAUGGCCCCCUGUUCAUUUUCGGCAUCCCGUUCCUCCAGAAGUAUUACAGCGUCUACGACCACGAGAAGUCCCAGGUCGGCUUUGCCGUGGCCAGGCACGCCGGCAAGACGCCGCCCCAGCUCCUGUCGCUGAGCGACGUCCGCCCCGCGGGCGCGGGCCGCCAGGUCCAUUGAGUGACGCGUGUCCUCGGGCGGCACCCGCAGGCGCGCUGGGCCGGCUCUCUGCGCGUCCGCCUCCCCCUGGGGUUGGCUCCAUGUUGGCACCGCCACCGGGUCUGUCUUUCGGGCGGUGCUCGAGACCCCGGGCGGGGAUGCCAUCCGUGGCCGCAGCUCGCCGCGGCCAGCAGAGCUCAGCCGUUCCUCGCUUUGCGUUCCUGAUGUCAGGACGCCGACUCCACCUUUGCGUUGCCCACUUUGCGUUCCUCGCGUUGCGUUCCUGACUUUGCGCUCCUUACUCUGCGUUCCUUGCUCUGCGUUCCUGAUGUCUCGGUUCGUAAUUGGGCUACCCACCCAUGCGACUGCGCAUGCUUGCGCCCCCCCCCCCGGCGCCCCCCCCCGGCGCCCCGCUGGGUCGUCACCGACGCCCCGUGGAGCGGGAGCUCGGUCACCCGCGGCAGCCCCCCCCGCGCUUUCGCGGGCAGCCGGGCGGGCGGGGGGGGCCCCCGCGUGCUGCGCGGAGGGGGGUGGGAGGGCAGGGGAAC